CACUUCCCUCGUCAAUUAGUGAGUUAAUCGAGUGGCUGAAAUCGCCCCACGACAUCUAGCGGUCGAUCCGUCCCUGUCCAACUCUCCAUUGGCUGCCUAUUCUCCCACGACGCGCUGUACCUCCCCCGGUUACUAUCAAACAUCAAACAUCAACAACAUUGAUCGCUGCCACAGCCCCGCCUCCAUCCACCUCGGCCACCACACCACACCACACCAUUCCGUCCCACAUUUCCAUAACACACCACCAAGAUGAAUAGACUCCAAUAUUCGGAUGAUGACUCGGACGAUCUCUGGAAUUCUCCCUCCAAACGCGGAAACAACAAACUACAUCGAGCCGUCAAGGAAGAGAGCCUGUCACUGUCCCCUUCACCAGAACCUGCACCUGCCCAUGCCCAUGAUGGAGGCGAUACCCUCUAUGACCGCGAGGAGGGACGCGAAGCGGCUUUGCGCAGUGAACUAGAGAGUGUUCGCAAAAUCAACCACGUCAUUGAGGGCCUGCUGGGCAGUCUCGACUGCGCCAAGGGAAACAUGGAUACCGUAUCGCGAACCCUCGAGUCGGCAUCUACGUUGCUGAAUACAUGGACUCGGAUUCUCGCCCAGACGGAGCACAACCAGCGAUUGAUUCUCAACCCCAAUUGGCAAGGAGCCGUCCAAGAUGCUGCCGACAUGGAGAGCGAGGAACUUGCCAGGCAGCAGGCUGCCGAAAGACGCGAACGCGAACGUCAGUAUCAAAGGGAGACUGCGGCCCGGAAGGCCGAGGAAGAAGGACGAAAGAGGGCCCUGGCCGCGGGCACCCGAGGCACGCGUGGAACCACUCGGGGAAGGGUAGUGCGCAGUACGGGUGGUCUAGGAAGAACGCCCAGUGUAUCGUACUCGGGGACGGGCUCCAGCGCGACACGGACUACGGCAUCCUCAAGCACGGCCGGGAAGCCCAGCACGACCUCAACAACGCGUAGACCAGUCAGUGGGAUCGCGAGGGGAUCGGGGAUUGCGCGUGGCCGCGGCAGGGCGUAGAGGCUGUGGGAGAUUGGGAAGCUGUGGAUGUAUAGUACGAGACAAUUUGAGACGAAGCGCAAUGCUAGUUAUGAGAUGAUACCCCCAAAAUGACACGAUGCCGA